CCUGUGCACAAUUCCGCUCAACGCUCCUCUGGCCCGCCGCCUGCACCAGCCAAUCAUGGUCCCACUUACUACCAGACCUCUCCUAACGAGUUCGGUGUCCUCCGCUGCUACCCCACCCGCCCGGUUGCUGAGCCUCAGGAGGCUACGAGCCUUCAGGAACUCAGUGAUGCGCCAACAUUAUGCCCACCUGCUCAGGAACUCGACGGAACACAGGCGGUGCAAGGGUUUGGUGCGAGGGUUGUCAGGUCUCUGCGGAGCAGUCUGGAGACGGCGAAGGAGUGGUUCUAUCCAUUUCUAAACCCAACAGUAUGCCGUCUCAUGGCCUGGGCGAACACUGGCUCGAAUCUCAAGUCAAAUGUCGAGGUUCAGCGCCUGGUCGACGACGUGUUGCUUGCGCCCGACUUCGACCUCGAGGACCUUCGACGCUUUCGUGUUACACGGGAACUCGAGCGGCUUGACAGCAUUGACAAGCCAGGCCAUGUUUUCUCCUCAUCGGAUGGCUGGCAUGAGACGUCCGUCAAGAUCCCUGUUCCGAAGGAGGGUAGCAGAUUCGCUUCCGAAGCUGCAGCACCAACGUUUGAGGUCGGUGAAGUCUUUGUCCGCAAACUCACCGAGGUUGUACGGUGUGCGGCCGAGGCGACGGACGCCUUCCGUUUCAACUGGCUGCCCUUCCGCAUGUACUGGCAUCGCAUCAAACAAGGUCCCCUGUCUACAGAAGCCGAAUCCGACUCUGGGAGCAACUCCGAUGGGGUGCCUGAGUACGAGAAUAUUCGCAUAUUCUCAGAUGUUCCGGACACCGACGCAAUGAUUGAGGAAGAUGCGCGUCUUCGCGCGCAACCUCGGAAUCCUGAAGAUGGCCCUGAGGUUGAGUACGCCAUCGCUCCUAUCCUACUCUGGUCCGACUCUACGCACCUGGCGAACUUCGGUGGCGCUCAUCUCUGGCCAAUCUACGUCUAUUUCGGCUGGCUCACCAAGUACAUCAGAGGCUGUCCGACGAAGUUUGCAGCCCAUCAUCUGGCGUACAUACCCUCCCUCCCUGAUUCAUUCCAGGACUGGUACCAGAACGUAUUCGGCACAUCUGCUACCGCCGAAACACUUCGCUUCUGCAGGAAGGAGCUUAUGCAUGCGAUCUGGCGGCUCCUGCUUGAUGAAGACUUCAUGAAAGCGUACCAUGAAGGCAUGCUAGUGUUGUGUGGAGAUGGCAUCCUUCGACGCCUUUUCCCUCGGUUCUUCAUCUACUCAGCAGACUACCCCGAGAAAGUCUUACUUGCAUGCAUCCGCUUUCUGGGACUUUGUCCCUGCCCUCGCUGCUAUGUCAAGAAGGACGAUGUUGUGGACAUGGGCUCGAGUGCUGACAACAAAACUCGGCAUAAGAUCCGCGUCGACAGACCCGGACUUCAUUCACUCAUCAAUCGCGUUCGAAACUGGGUUUUCAAGCAGGGCUACUCACUCACGAGCAAGUUUCUUCGUCGCAUUAUUGAUCCUGUUUCCAUUCUUCCAACACGUAGCGCAUUCUCGGAACGCCUAGCCGACACAGGCUUCAAUUUCUACUCGUUAUUUGUUCCUGACAUCCUGCACGAGUUUGAGCUCGGAGUCUGGAAGGCAAUCUUCAUACAUCUCCUGCGUAUCUUAUAUGCAGAGGGUAAGGAUCGCAUUCAGAUUGUCAAUGAGCGCUUUCGCAAAAUCCCACCAUUCGGACGCAGUACAAUCCGACGAUUCUCGCGCAAUGUCUCUGGGCUGAAGCAAAUGGCCGGGCGAGAUUUUGAGGAUAUUCUGCAGUGUAUCAUGCCUGUGUUCGAAGGCCUGCUCCCUCCACCGCACGAUGACCUCGUGAUGAGCCUUCUCUUCACGCUCGCUUUCUGGCAUGCACUCGCCAAACUCCGCUUGCAUACUGAGGAAACAGUAGCGAUCUUUCACGGCGUCACCUGGGAGCUCGGCAGGACUACUCGUGAGUUCGCCGCAACAACUUGCGAAGCUUACGAUACCCAGGAGCUUCCAGCCGAGGAGGCAGCACGAGGCCGUCGAACAGCUGCUAUGCGUGCAAAGAAGUCCUCUAGAAGCAAAAAGAAGACGCUCAACCUUAAGACAGGAAAGUGGCACAGCCUUGGUGACUACGCAUGGAUGGUAGGCUGGUAUGGGACCCAUGAUGUAGGAAACACGCAACAGGGGGAGCAGGAACACCGCCGUGUCAAGCGGUUCUACGUUCGGACGAACAAGAACAAGGCUGCACGUCAAAUAGCCCGCCGCCAGCGCCGUGAACAGCUUUUGACUCGAUUACUCGAGAAGGAUAGACAACGACGUGCUGAACUUACAGCUGGAACUCAACAAGCUCGGCCUCAAGGCAACGACACUGCACAAAAGCAGUCAUCAUUGAAUAAGACAGUAAACCGUCCUAGGAACGGUACACUCGCGGAUACAGCACGUCGUCGAGCAGCCCUCUGGCUCUCAGAAGAGGACCCGCUUCCCUUCCAUACCACUCCGAAGGAUCGCUAUCAUAUGUCAGACUCCGAACGCCAUCACGAGAACAUCUUCAGGUGGGCCAAUGCUCGACUCGGGGAUGAUCCAGCUUUAAGGAACUUUGUUCCGAACCUCAAAGACCAUCUUCUGUCUCGUCUUACAGGACGUGAGUACGAUGGCGACGAGGAUACCUUUGGCCCGGAUGAGCACGAUACCAUACAGUUUGUCAAUGACCGCAUCUACCUCCACAAGGCCCUCCGUAUCAAUUACACAACCUACGACAUGCGUCGCAGCCAGGACUCCAUCAAUCCACGCAGGCAGGCGGACGUCAUGCUCCUCGCACCACACGAAGACGAUGGAGACUCGCAAGCGAACGCCCAUCCCUACUGGUAUGCCCGAGUCAUCGGGAUCUUUCAUGUGAACGUGAAGCACCGCGGGCUUCUUUCGCGAUGUAAGGAUGUCCAGCGCAUGGACGUUCUCUGGAUUCGUUGGUUUGGUCGCGACCUCAGUGAACCCGGGGGUUUCAAGGCUCGCCGCCUCCAUCGCGUAGGCUUCAUUGAUUCUGACGAACCUAACGCUUUUGGUUUCCUCGACCCUGCACAAGUGCUUCGCGCAAGCCAUCUCAUCCCGGGCUUCACACAUGGCAAGACCACAGAGUACCUCCCACCUUCGAUAGCUCGUCAACCUGAGGACAACGACGAAGACUACAUAUAUCAUUAUGUCGGAAUGUUUGCUGACCGUGACAUGGUCAUGCGGUACCUCGGUGGCGCAGUUGGCCACAAAGGCCUGCCAUCGAACCGUAUCACCAUCCAGCAUCUGAUAGACAAGGUUCGCAGGUUCAUUCACCGCUGCUCUCAAACCCGAAGCAUUCGAUACCCAAAGGAGACCUUGAACGAUGCGCUCGUGGACAAGCUUUGGGCAGACACAAAUGCGCCAAGUGCCGACUCGCCGGAUGUACCCAAGAACGACGCGAUGGCUGGUGGCGACGCCGAGGAUUCAGACACGGAGGAAGAGGAUGCAGUACCAAGUGACGAAGAAGACUUUGGGUAUGGCUGGGACUAUCCUGAAGAUCAAGAAGAUGACGAGACAGCAGGCGAGGAGCCAGUGGACGAGCAAGAGGUAGAUGACGAAGCGGAGCUUGGGCCGGAAGACGACUAUCCUCAGGAUGAUGAUGAAGAUGACGGCGAAGGCUAUGCGCCGCUCUGAUCGAACAGUGAGUGAGCACGUUGCUGUAGUAGUCACUCUCCGUAUUUACAUCAAGCUGAAAUGACGUUCUGCGACUAGCCUACAUGGCGUACUACCCGACGUGGCAGAGGCUAUCAUUCUUGUAUCCUGGAAGUGACCGGCUGUGUAGAAGAUUCCCCGCCGUACUCUUACUAGUGGUGCGUCCGAGUCGAGCACCGAGUCUCACCGCCGCCGCGAGGUCACUUGUACUGAUUGUAUUUGCAGUGCUACUUACAAGUGUAUUAUCCCCACGAUGCAAUCUGACAUGCAGAGCAUAUUUACCAAGC